AUGGUCAUAACAACGAAUGUUGCGGGUUGGGGAGUGAGCAGGAUCUUAGUAGAUUCAGGGAGUUCCGCAGACAUAAUAUUUGCUGGAACCUUCGACCAAAUGAAGCUCAGUAGAAGCCAGCUUCAACCUUCGAAAUCACCUUGGAUCGGGUUUGGAGGAAAGCAGAUACAUACUGUGGGAAAGGUCGCCCUGCCCGUAUCCUUUGGCACAUUGGAGAAUGCGAGGACAGAGUAUGUUACUUUCGACGUGGUAGACCUGCACUACCCAUACAAUGCCAUAUUCGGGCAGGGGUUCUUGAACAAGUUCAAUGCGGCUACUCAUAUGGGAUACCUGUGCAUGAAAAUCCGGGCUCUGCACGGAGUGAUCACUGUUCACGGAAGUCAAAAGGAGGCAAGGAACAUAGAGAAAGCAAUCUACAAGUCUUUCUGGAACAUAAACUCCGUGGACUCCACGCAACAAGAAGCUUCCCAGCCACCAGACAUGCCAAAGGGGAAGACAGACCUGGCCGAUCAAGAGGAAACGAAAUGUGUCCCUCUGCAGGAGGCCGUUCCAGAUAGGAAGGUCACCAUCUCCGCGACCCUCAGUAGAGAGGAGGAACUCGAGUUGCUGGACGUGCUACAAAAGAAUCAAGAUAUCUUUGCCUGGAGUGCCGCUGACUUGCAGGGAGUCAGCAGAGACAUCAUAGAGCAUUCGCUGGACAUCGAUCCGAGAAUGAGGCCGAAGAAACAGAGACAGAGGAAAAUGUCUGAAGAAAGAACCUUAGCCGCGAAGGUAGAGGUACAAAGACUCCUGGACGCAAAGGUCAUCAGAGAGAUCAUGUACCCGGAAUGGUUGGCAAAUGUGGUCCUGGUCCCCAAGAAGAAUGGCAAAAUGAGAAUAAUGAUGGGGCAGGUUCUUGGAAGUCAGCUGCAGAAAAACAUCAUAGCCUACGUCGACGACGUUGUCGUCAUGAGCAAGCGCAAAGAGGAUCAUAUCAAGGACCUGUAG